UAGUAGCAGUAAUCUCUUCUAACUCAAAAUGGAGCUUUUCAUGACAAUAUUUCUUCUAGUUCUUUUCUGCUUUAUGUCUUACCUUUGUAAGAUGUACCUUCAGAUGAGAGACCAGUGCUGCUACAUGUUGGCCUAUGAGUGUUACAAGCCUGGGGAGGACAGGAAGCUUGGCACAGACACCUGUGCCAAAGUCCUUAUGAGGAACAAGAACCUGGGUCUUCCAGAGUACAAGUUUCUCUUAAGAACCAUGGCCAAUUCAGGUAUUGGUGAAGAAACUUACGGCCCAAAAAAUGUUAUUGCUGGCAGAGAAGCGUCUCCCAACCUUGCAGAUGCACUUUCAGAGGUUGAUGACAUAAUGUUCAACACACUUGACAAGCUCUUUGCUAGAACAGGAGUUUCACCUUCGGAAAUAGACAUACUCGUUGUCAAUGUUUCCUUAUUCUCUCCAGCUCCCUCUCUAACCGCUCGAAUUAUAAACAGAUACAAGAUGAGGGACAAUAUCAAGGCUGUCAAUCUCGCUGGGGAGGGCUGCAGUGCAAGUAUGGUGGCCAUCGACCUGGUGCAGCAGAUGUUCAAGACCUACAAGAAUGCAUACGCAAUUGUUGUGAGCACAGAAUCAAUCGGUCCAAAUUGGUAUAAUGGUCAAGAUAAAUCCAUGAUGCUAUCCAACUUGCUGUUCCGUUCAGGAGGAUGUUCCACGCUCUUGACAAAUAAAGCAGCCCUGAGUCAUCAGGCACUCAUGAAGCUGAACUGUUCAGUAAGAACCCACAUAGGUUCUGAUGAUGAAGCAUAUGGGUGCUGCAUACAGAUAGAAGAUAAGCGAGGCUACCCAGGUUUUCUCCUCACCAGAAAACUGCCAAAGUCUGGUGCUAAGGCUUUUAUCCUUAACCUCCAAGUUCUGCUUCCCAAAGUGUUACCACUGAGAGAACUCCUCCAGAGUGUGAUAAAAGCAUCUCUUUCCAAAAAGAAGACAAAAAGCUCAGCUCUUGAAGCAAUGGCAGCUGGUCUUAAUCUGAAGUCUGGUAUCGAGCACUUCUGUAUUCAUCCUGGUGGAAAGGCAGUAAUUGAUGAGCUUGGAAAGAGCUUAGGGCUCAGUGAGUAUGACGUUGAGCCAUCAAGAAUGGCACUUCACCGGUUUGGCAACACCUCCUCUGGUGGUCUCUGGUAUACUUUGGGUUACAUGGAAGCCAAGAAGAGGCUGAAGAAGGGGGACAGGAUCUUUAUGAUCAGCCUUGGGGCUGGUUUCAUGUGCAACAACUGUGUGUGGGAGGUGACAAGAGACUUGGAGGAUCCCAACGUGUGGAAAGACUGCCUAGAGAACUACCCUGUAAAGUCAACCCUCAACCCCUUCAUGGAUAAGUAUAACUGGAUCAAUGAUGAGAGCAUCGAUAUAAACUCCAUUGAUCAGGAGUGGCUGGAAAACAAGCUCGGAUUCCAGUUUGAUCCGGAAAUCAUAGAGAGGAUAAGGAGUUGAAUCAUUAUACCGCUUCCCUUGAAAGAAGGACGGCAAACAUUAAACCAAGCAUUAUCAAAGUUAUCUUGGAUUUUCUCCCUUUUAAUGUCUUCAUCUCCCUCUACAGGUUGUGCUUUGUUUAUGUUUCAGGAUUUGAAUAGUAGUCAAGUAGCCAGCAACGGUCAUGACAAGUUACAGAAGAAGUGUCAAACAUAAUGCUGCUCAAAAGUCCAUGCACGUUAUUUCCAUUAGCCCCAGAAUAAUGCUCCUGUCAUAAUGUUAUUCAUCAAAUCAGUUAGUUGGAUUAAAGGAUUUUAAUGUUGAUAUAUAUUGAUAGGUUUCAAAAAUUACAGAUAUGAUGUAUGGAUAAUCAAUUGAUGUAUUUCAG